CGUAUAAAACUGCUCCACGCUCCACACGCGGAUUAAACCGCGCGCGUUCCCGGUUUCUCUCCCACCCCCAGACCAGAACGCAGCAUGCAGACCCCAGACAACGUCCGCUUCUGGAGAUGGUUUCUAUUGUCCUGCCUCUUCCUGCAGAGUUCGUGCCAGGACUUCGGCGCACGGACGCAGUUCAUCUGCACCUCGGUGCCCAAGGACGCGGACAUUUGCGCGGCCACGCUGCGGAACAGCGUGCCGGGCGAGGACCUGAAGGGCACGGUAGCGCAGCUGCGGGAGAGCGUCCUGCAGCAGAAGGAGACCAUCAUGAACCAGAAGGAAACCAUCCGGGAGCUCACCUCCAAGUUGGCGCGCUGCGAGAGCCAGAGCGGGCCGGAGGCGGCGGGGGACGCGCGCCCCGGGGCCCGGCGGAAAGAGGCGGGCGGCAAGAACACCAUGGGGGACGUGUCCCGGGGCCCCGCGGACACUUUGGCGCAACUCUCGCAGACUUUGCAGUCGCUCAAGCAGAGGCUGGAGAAUCUGGAGCAAUUCAGUCGAAGCAACAACUCGGUGCAGGCCAACAGCCUCAAAGACCUGCUCCAGAGCAAAAUCGACGACCUGGAGAAGCAGGUGUUGUCCCGGGUGAACAGCAUCGACGAGGGGAGACCCGGACUCCGGAACGAGACGGAGCAGCGUGGGCGGGUGGAGUCCACGCUCACGUCGCUGCACCAGAGAAUCACGGACCUGGAGAAAGGUCAGCGAGAAAACAGGCCCCUGGAUAAGUUCCAGCUGACGUUCCCUCUGAGAACCAACUACAUGUACGCCAAGGUGAAGAAGAGUUUACCCGAGAUGUACGCCCUCACCGUUUGCAUGUGGCUCAAGUCCAACGCCUCCCCGGGAGUGGGCACGCCGUUCUCCUACGCCGUCCCCGGCCAGGCCAACGAGUUGGUCCUCAUCGAGUGGGGAAACAACCCCAUGGAGAUACUCAUCAACGACAAGGUGGCGAAACUGCCCUUCCUCAUCAACGACGGCAAAUGGCAUCAUAUCUGCGUGACGUGGACCACCCGCGACGGGGUCUGGGAAGCCUUCCAAGAUGGCGUCAAGAGGGGGAGUGGCGAGAACCUGGCGCCGUACCAUCCCAUAAAACCCCAAGGCUUGCUGAUCCUCGGCCAAGAGCAGGACACGUACGGAGGAGGAUUUGACGCCACGCAAGCCUUCGUCGGGGACCUGGCCAACUUUCACAUCUGGGAUCGGAAACUAUCCAUGGGGGAAAUUUACAACCUGGCAACCUGCAGCAGCAAAGCGCAAGUGGGCAACGUUUUCGCCUGGCUGGAAACGAGCCUGGAGAUUUACGGCGGCGCCUCCAAGUGGACCUUUGAAGCUUGCCGCCACCUCAACUGAAACGAGCGAACUGGCGGAUAAGUUGAGUCCGCUGUAUUCGCAAGAGUCAAUGACAGGAACUCGAGGAUCCACCGGCAAAUCUUUUAGCGGAUAGAUACUUAUUUUCUGACAGAUUCUAUCUUUGGGAAAGACCGCUGACCCGUGACUUUGUCACCGAGUUUGUAAAACGAGAGAUCGAGCGCAGUCAAAGGUCACGUAGUCUUUGAGCGAAGACCGCAGACUUCCUUUUCCUGACUGCCGGCGAUUUUCACUGUGAUGACGGACAAGAUGGACUUCUUCAAGAGAACGUGGCCAUUUGGUUCCUCCCCUUCCUUCCGUUGUCUACCGCCGACUGCUUGACGUGAUGACGUGCGAAGGGCGACGUGUUCGUUGCCAAACGUUCGAGCCUGAGUGCCUUGGACUAUCGGAAAGAAUCUCAGCACAUUUCAUGAGUAUGUGAGUUUAUUUCAUUGUGACUGUAAAGGUAGUUCAGGGCGUUCAAUCGUUCAUCAGUUUGUUCUCAGUUUGUGCCAAAAAACCAGGAGGGUGUGACUGGAGUAUAAAUAUUUGGGGUUUUGGCACCAACCGUUGGACUAGAUCUGACCAAUCUAAGUCUUUGAGCACGAACUGAUGAAGCCUACUCGGAUGAGCGGCGAAACGUCUGCCUAGACAAACUAAGUAGUCCAGUUGCGAACGAUUAAACGCCCUGAGAUGACAACGACCUGGAUGAAUGAGAACCUUCUUAGGUAAGACUUUAAAGGUAGUUCAGGGCGUUCAAUUGUUAGCAACUGGACUGCUUGGUUUGUCUUGGCAGACGUUUUCCCGCUCAUCCGAGUAGACUUCAUCAGUUCGUGCCCAUAGACUUAGAUUGGUCAGACUCCAAAACCCCAGGAGGGUGUGGCUGGAGUAUAAAUAUUUGGGGUUUUGGCACCAACUUUUGGACUAGAUCUGACCAAUCUAAGUCGUUGAAUACAAACUAAUGAAGCCUCCUCGGAUGAGCGGCGAAACGUCUUCCAAGACCAACCAAGCAGUCCAGUUGCGAACGACUGAACGGCCUGAGAUGACAACGACCUGGUUGAAUGAGAACCUUCUUCGGGGUAAGACUUUAAAGGUAGUUCAGGGCGUUCAAUCAUUUGCAACUGGACAGUUAGGUUCGUCUUAGAAGACGUUUCGCCGCUCAUCAGUUCGUGCCCAUAGACUUAGAUUGGUCAGACUCCAAUAAACCAGGAGGGUGUGACUGGAGUAUAAAUAUUUGGGGUUUUGGCACCAACUGUUGGACUAGAAACGUCUUCCAAGACAAACCAAGCAGUCCAGUUGCGAAAGAUUGAACGCCCUGAGAUGACAACGACCUAGAUGAAUGAGAACCUUCUUAGGUAAGACUUUAUAUGUAGUUCAGGGUAUGCAAUCGUUCGCAACUGGACUGCUUGGUUUGUCUUGGCAGAUGUUUCCCCGCUCAUCCGAGUAGGCUUCAUCAGUUCGUGCUCAUAGACUUAGAUUGGUCAGACUCCAAAAAACCAGGAGGGUGUGGCUGGAGUAUAAAUAUUUGGGGUUUUGGCACCAACCGUUGGACUAGAUCUGACCAAUCUAAGUCUUUGAGCACGAACUGAUGAAGCCUACUCGGAUGAGCGGCGAAACGUCUUCCAAGACAAACCAAGCAGUCCAGUUGCGAAUGAUUGAACGCCCUGAGAUGACAAGGACCUGGAUGAAUGAGAACCUUCUUAGGUAAGACUUUAAAGGUAGUUCAGGGCGUUCAAUCGUUCCCAACUGGACUGUUAGGUUCGUCUUUGAAGACGUUUCGCCGCUCAUUCGAGUAGACUUCAUCUGUUCGUGCUCAUAGACUUAGAUUGAUCAGAUUUAGUCCAACGUUUGGUGCCAAAACCCCAAAUAUGUAUACUGCAAAAAACCAGGAGGAUGUGACUGGAGUAUAAAUAUUUGGGGUUUUGGCACCAACCGUUGGACUUGAUCUGACCAAUCCAAGCAGUCCAGUCGCAAACGAUUGAACGCCCUGAGAUGCCAAGGACCUGGAUGGAUGAGAACCUUCUUAGGUAAGACUUUAAAGGUAGUUCAUCACUUUCAACGAGGCGGGCUUGUCCUGAGAUGCAAUGCACGGGUGGCGACGGCACAUUUUGCAGGUGUUUGUACAUUAACGGGAAUGUUCUUUGUACAGUAACAGCAUGUCUUAACUUCUGUAAAUGCUGCGUCGGCAUCUAUGACCUUGGCUUUUCCUAUCCUACUUUUGGGUGGGGAUUUUUUACUGCAUUGUUAUAUGCUUCAAGCAUGGCAGCAGCACUGAGGAUGACAAAGUUCUAGUUUUUGUAAUAAAUUGUGAUACUUGACUCAAAAGCGCGUAAAAAAUAUAUUUAUUCUUAUGAGGCGUGGGCAUGCCGAUGAUGUGAUGCACACUCAGUAAAAAUGGUGAAAAUGUUUCCUCCUCCUGUGUGUCUUAGUUGUCAUGCAUUUGUUUUGGGUGGGUUCUCUUUUGACAAAUCAAUUUCAAACAUACACUGAUCAUAGAAGAACUGGAACUUAAUCAAAACUAAAAAUAUGCAAUUUUUGGGAGAAAUUGAGUGUGAAUGCUAUAUGUGCGCAAGCAACCGAUAUUUGCAAGACGAACUGAAAUGCUGUUAGCAUGCUAACAGUUAGCAUGUGUCAUGUACCAAGUUAAGUGUACAGCUGAAAAAUGGGCUUAAAGAGUUAACAAAAUAAAGUUGGUAUGUUAACAGGCUAUGAGUAGCCUGCUAACAGUUAGCAUUUAGCAAGUAUCAAGUUUUAUGACUCUAAGUUAAUGAAGCAAAAUUGGCUACAAACCUUAGC